CCUAUAUAUAUAUAUAUAUAAAUAAAUGUGAGAUUACGACAGAUAGGGCAUAGAGAUAGACCAAAUUGUUGGUUCUGAUGCUUCAGCAAAUUGUUUCCGGCCAACGAUGCGCGGUUUGCUCCGCCACUCGCCCCUUUAUCCUCCACCCUCUUCCUUACAGAGGUCUCCACCGUCAUCUUUGCACCGCCUGCGUACUUGACUCCCAUCCCGGUUCCUUCUGUCCCAUCUGCUUCGAUGUCUUCCUGCACAACCCUCCUCCCCCUAGCCUACGUCUCUUAUGCCUAAAAUGCCCCUCUAUCUCACACCUCUCUUGUGUCCCUGAUGCUCCUCCCGGUUACUUAUGCCCUCUUUGUUCUAACCCUAAUUUUACUUUCUUCUAUGUUACUCCCGCUAAUAACGCUAUUGAAAUCAACACCCAUUUGGCGAAACAGUUGGUUGCUGCUGCUACAAUUGCUUCUGAAUCAAUCCACAAUGCUGCCGUUAUGGCGAGGAUUAAUGCUGAUAUUAGGGUUAAGGAAGCUCUGUCAGCUAAGGCUGAAGCUGCACAAGGUUUGGAUAGGCUUCAGAAUCUGCUCGACAACCAAGAUCAUCAGUUUGUUUCUGAUACUUCGGGUAACGAUACAGGGAGAAACAGGAUACAUUUAGUGAAAGGAGGCUCCGAUGACUGUGAUACCCUUGAUGAUUAGCUUAAGUAGUUGUAAUUCUAAAACAAUGCUAUGUAAGGUUUUUGUUUUUGUUUUUCUCUUGUGUGUCUGCUGGCAUCUUACUACUUCACUCUAUUUUUGAAUGCUCGGAUAUUGAAAUUAUACAUUCAACUGAAUCUAGCUUACUGUUAAUGCCUCUCUUUCAUUUGAUUUCUAUUAUGAUAUUUGAUUUCAAUGUGGUAUCCUCAAAUUA